CAGAACACAAAUUGGGAUGACUCUCCAAGCGGUCCACGUGUUCGGCCUGAGGUGGUGGUGGUGGUGGUAAUGCGGACUGGGGACGGCAAACCGAGGGAUGUGCAGAGGACUCGCUGAUCCUGGGGGCUUGUAGUGUCGCAACAUCAAUGACUAUUAUUCAUGUAACUGCUGGAAGAUCAUCGGGACCGUGAAAAGAUGAAAUACAGACGGUGGACCAACUUGCCUGACACCAAGCCUGAUGCAGAAAUUAAGCCAGGAAGGUCUGUAGGCAGUGAUCUUUCUAGUAUCAUAAGUAAAGUGUCUGAGCAGUGAGGCAUUAAUUACCUCAUCCAUCAUGGAGUGGCAGCAGCCUACAAGACAAAGUGAAAGGCCUUGCAUAGGACCAUCACUGUCCCAGUACUCUGAGAGAAUGGAAUUUACUCCUGGAAAUACUGUGAUGUUCAGGCCAUCAGAAGUAGUUCAAAUAGAAACUGUGAGUGGGAGCUCAUCAUCUUAUGAUCAAGAAGAAAUUAUUCCUCAGUACUUGCAAGGCAGUGUUUCAAAAAAAUACCCUGAAAAUUACAGUUCAGAGGACACAUGUUCAGUUCUUUGGAAAUCAUCAAAAUAUUCUCAUGGUAGCAGCAUCCCCAUUUGGCUUCCCAGAAACAAAAGUGCAAAUAUGUCAGAUAGAAAGAAAAGCUGUAGUAAUGCAUCAGGUAACAGUCCACAGCACACAGCAUGCCUACAGAACACUUUGGUACCUGAACAGUUGGAGAAUGAUAUAUCAAUCAGAUCACAAGGGCAUGUAUGCUCUUCCCCAUAUGUUAAUAAAGUUUCAGGAAUCCAAAACAAGCUGCACAAAGAAAUGGCAACACACAAUAAUGAAUCUAUUACUCAUCAUUGUGGGUCCUUAGAUGAUGCAUCAGUCAUUGAUCUUAUGUAUUGUGAUGCAGACUUAUCUAAGCCAUUUUGCAUUAAAGAGAAUGAGCAGUUAACUUUACCUUCCAGAUCUCGCAAAGGCUAUUCAGGUUCAAAUGACAUCUUUAUGCAUCCUCCUAUGAAAUCAUUAGAAUCCAUGAAACAAUUUGAUAACUUUGCUCAUAUCAAUGUGAAAUCAGUAGGUGUCUUUCCCAUGCAGGAACUUUAUGUAUCACAACCUUUUGAUGAGAGAGAAACCACUAUCAAGAAUGUAAGGAGUAUUUCAGAGGUUUAUGUUGUCAAUGAAGAAAACUUGUUGGGCAAAAGCCAUGUAGGGAAAGGUUUUAUUGACAUGAGUAUUAUGUUAGAUGACGAAGGUGUCAGGAUAAACAAGUGUUCUUCUGUCCUGAAUGAGGGAUCUUGCAGUGUCAAUACACAGAAGUAUGGUGAUUCUGAAGCACCAAAUAUUGCCAAAUUGUAUAGAGUGUUUGUUGCAGGGGAACAUUGCAUAUCAGAUGAAGAAGUUAUGAUAAAUAAGGAUAUGAUACACUCAGUUCUUAAUAGUAGCAUAGUAAAUGCUCUCCUGAAAAAGGGACUGAAAGCCACUCGUCUUCAGGCAUACACUUGGCCAGUCAUUGCCAAAGGCACCUCAGUAGUUAUUGUUGGUGAAAAGUUUUGUGGGAAGACAAUGGGUUAUGUUGUACCCUUGCUGUCUAACAUUUUAGACUCUUGGAAACUCAUGAGUGAGCGGCUUUCUCCAGGGAUUGGUCCUGUGAUGGUGGUGGUGUGCAGUACAUGGAGGAGUGCAAGAUGUGUUGCAGAUUAUAUUGUCAGUCUCCUGCCUGCCAGUGUAUCCUUCAAGAUAAUGACAGCUUGGGGAGGCUGUGGUAAUGAGGAGGAGGUGAGCACAGGCAGGCAGCUUCUCAGUGGAUGUGACAUCCUCCUCACUACAGCACCCUGCCUCAUGCGCUUGCUAAUGGGCAGUCAGCAGGGGGCAGCAACCACUCUCAAGAGAUGCUGCCAUCUGGUAUUUGAUGAUGUAGAGGUCAUACUGCAAAAUUUUUCUCUGGAAGUAAAAAAAAUUUUUACAAUUUGGGGCGAGGAGCGAAGGAAAUGUGGUCGCCCAGACUUAGAUCUGCAGGCUGUGUUAGUGAGCUCAAGGUGGACAGAACUGCUUGGCCAGCUAACAGAAGUCUUGCUUCCUCUUCUUGAUCCAUUAAUAGUAAUCUCAGCUCCAUGUGAAGCAGCAAUUGCUACCAGAGUAGCAAGUCACAUUCAUUUUGUGUCUAAUGAAACUGAGGCUCUCAGCCUGGUAAUGAAGCUUAUAAAUACUUCCUAUGUCUACAAAAGAAAGAUGGUUUUUGUCAGUAAUGAUGAUUCAGCAGAGUUACUGGAGUCAGUGAUGAAUAAUGCAGGUAUGUCAUGUGCCCUUGUGAGUAGCACAACACACAUGUGGAAGGUACAGCAACUUGUACAUGAGUGGCACAUGAGGCAAAAUAUGACAAUGAUUGUGAGUCAUGAGGCAGAAAUUUCACUUCUACGGCAUGAUCUUGCCAAUGCUGAGGUGCUUUUCCACACACAUCUGGGACUCUCAUUAACAACAUUUACUUACAGGUACAGUUUCAUGUCUGCCAACUUUGUCACAGACUUAUCUAAAAAAUCUACUAAUUGUGAAUCACAUGUGAUUUUGUCAGAAUUUACUCUUGAAAAGCUUCCAGGAGUGCUAGAAGAGCUGUAUAGAAUUUGUGGUUUUCCAGAAGCUAUCAAAGCUACUGCAGCUCUUGUAUGUAAUGGAAAGAACACUAAAUACACAGCUUUGUGUUAUUACCUCAAGGCCUAUGGAAGAUGUAACAGACCUGUAUGUGGCUUUAGACAUGAGGUACAAAUGCUUGACAUACCUCAAAAUAUACCAAGAUCUGGGGAGGUUACAUUUAAGGUCAUAAAUACCCUGAGUGCUUCAAGGUACCUUGUGCAUAUCAUGCAGUACAGAGAACAGGCAGGGUCCCAGUGUGUUGAUCUUUCCAAUUCCUAUUCUACUUUGCAAACAGCUCUACAAAAUCACUUUACAGAUAGAGCCCAUUGUGAAUCUCUAAGAAGUGCUGAACCUGGAAUGCUGUGUGCUGUUCAGGAUGAAGGAAUUUGGACUAGGGCACAGAUUAUUUCUGUGAAUCAUAAGGAAGCAGGAACUCUGAUAAAUGCAUUUCUUGUGGAUGAAGGAAAGCAGGUGACUGUUAAUUUAGAAUCAGCUUUGGUUCUCCCUUCUUAUUUGGCAACAGUUCCACACUUAGUUGUUGAAGUGUUAUUGUGCCGUGUUCAGCCCUUGGAUUUUGACCCUGAGUGGACCCUUCAGGCAUCCAAUUUCGUUUAUAGCAUUUUUGCCAAGAGGAAGGAUAGCAGAUUUAUUGGUAGGAUUAACCUUGCUUUGGGUUCUACCUUGUGGCUAAAUCCAGUUGCUGAAUUCAUCAAAAUAGGCAAGACAUUUGUACAGAAAAAAGCACUGAGAGAAAAGCUGAUAUCAGAAAAAUUUGGGGUGGACAAUCCUACCCACAUGAAAAACAUUCAGCACCUCUGUGCCAAGGCUGGUGUGUCCUUGGAGCCAGAGGCAGUGUGUGGCCAGGCCUGGAGGAAAAUUCUGACCGAGUCUCUUGAGAGACUGCAAGCUGACAGAGUCAAGGAAGAUCCUUGUGGGAACACAUCAGCAAAUCCUGGAGUUUAUUUUGAAAGAUACUCAAAUGAGGAAACCCAGAGUAGGGAGGAACAGAAGAAUAAUGUCAUUGGAUCUAGAGCCAAUACACUGUGUAGCAUAUCCCAAGGAAGACAAGUUUUGCUCCCACAGCAUCAAGAACAAAAAACCUGCUCCAUCACACCACCUGAUUGCCCAGCUCUGCCUCAGGAGGACCUGUCAUUCAAUCAGACAAUAAAAGCUGAAGUAGUGGAGGCAGUAUCACUUAAAGAAUUGAUCAAAGCAGAUGAAGUCAAGGAAUUGAAUUCUCUUGAAGCUGAGAUCAGUUGUUCAGCUGAGUGGCUUGGGUCAAGUGACCAUAAGGCAUUGGAUGUGGAGUCCUAUUGUUGCCUUAGGUCUAUACCCUGUUCAGCCUCUUGCAUUGCAAGUGUAACCAGUAAUAAGUACUGUAAAGAUGUGAUCAGGGCCAGUAGGAGCAGUGACAGCACAACAGUGUUCUUUGCAGAUCAUGGGGAGACCAUGCAGGUGUCUGCCUGCCAGCAUGAUGAGAAAGAAAUACCAUCUCAUAUGAAGCAAGGAACAGGAACUGAAUGCAAGGUACAGGAAAAGAAACUUUCAGGUUCUUUCAACAACACAUCUGUCAGCAUUCUGCAAGAUGAAAUGUACAAAUUAAUGUCUCCAUUAAAAAAUGGAGUCAGAAAAGACACAUAUAACAGUGUAGAGAGUUUGAAAAAUGAAUGCCAAAACCAUAGUCUUUGCACAGAAUCCAAGGGGGAGACAGUUUUUAGUAGUGUUUAUGCCACAUUGCCAAAAUAUCAUUAUGAUGGUGCUGACAAGGAAGAAGAACUAAGUAAGAGAGUGACAGAUGAUCAGGAGAAGUAUCAGGGAUGCAUCAAGACAGGAGAGUCAACAUUUGUUGGGCAGCAGGAUGAUAUGUUUCUUUUAAGGCACAUAGGAAUUAGUAGAACAACUGGAUUGGCGUCAGAGAUCUCAUGGAGUCAGGAUGAGGAUGUUGUGCAGGUCAUCAUUCAUCUGGCUGGAGUGGAGCAGUACAAGUGUCACUUGUCCUCAUCACAACUGGUCUUCAUGACCAGCAUAAAGGAAAAGCUUCAUGCCCUGGAUGGAAACCUAGCUGGAGAAAUUGAUGCUGACCACUCUUUUGUUACAGUCCAUAGGAACAACAUUUGCAUCAUCCUGAGAAAGGCUGUUAGAGGAGAAUGGAGAUGUCUGUUUAGUUCCGGGAACAACAAAAGCAAGGCCAGCCAAGAAUGAGAGGAGCACUGCAAUGCUAGGAAAGUGCUAUUUGUUUUUAUUAUGUAUCAUCUUCAGCGAACUGUUAAAGAAUUUUUAUUCAUAUAAGAUUCGAGUUCCCCUGUUAAUACAGUCAUUACACUAUUGUUUUUUUUUUAAUUUUUAAUAUGUUAUAAUGUUUCAGGAGUCUCAUUGAAACAAAUAUUAGGAAUGUUUAGAAAACAUAAUUGCCAAAAUGAACUGCAGAUCAUGAGAGGGCAAUGUCAAAAGUACUGUUUUGAAAUGCAUAUAUGUAAUUAAUACAUAUUAAGUAAAUUUACUUAAUAUGUAUAUUAUUUACACGUAUUUACACUCAGACAAUAAUAUACAACUUCUGACAACAACGAAAAACUACAAAAAAUUGGAUUAAUCUCUCCACGCAAAUUCUAUCAAAUACCUUGGACACUUCACAUUACCCUUAUGAUUCAAAUCACUUCACACAAUUAACACUUAGUGAUAAAAUACAUCCUACACAGACCCUGCAGCUAAUAUUCAAUAAGAAAACACAUCCUGCACAUACCCAAUCCCCCUCUGUCAACAUUUUACUCUGACUGCAUUACAACUGUCUGGCUCUACGUACUAGUACUGUGACAGGCGGCUUGCCCAUCUUGAUCCUCUCUGGUCUGACAGCUCUGUCUAGCUUGUCUCUCUGUCUGCUUAUGUCUCUUCCCAUCUCCUACACCUCAUAAUAUGCACGUGAUGUUAGAGCAACUUUUUCCCCCAACAAGACUUCUGUUGCUAUAAGAUUUAUUUUCCGAUGCUUUGAUUGAGUGGUUUAUUUUCCUAUAACUUUCAAUAAGGUUAAUUUUCAGUAACAUUAUUUAUCUUCCCAUACUUCUAUCAUACAAUUUAUUUUCCUUUAACUUUCAGUAAGGUUCAUCUUCAAGUAACUUCAGUUAUUGCAUCUUAUCAGGAACAAGGCAGAGUUUCCUAUGAUGCGCUGGUUGUCUGUCUUGUCCACGUCAUUUGCUUCCGGUGACCUCUGCUUCCCUUGUAUACUAAUUUAGUGAUAGCCACCUGAGUAUCUCUUGUAAUCUGCUGUUAAUCUCUGGCUCUGUUAGUCUUGUGAUGACUCACUGCAUCGUGUUGUUCUCUCAUCUCUCAUCUGUCAGGGUGGUGAUAGCUUCUUGUAGUCUUGGUACGUGCUCUCCCUUUUAUCUUCCCACAUUUAUUCUUUCCACUUUUGUACUUCCUUCUUCAUUUCUUUUUCUUCAUUCUUGUCUCAUUAUUCCUCCUUUUUUAUGUGUUUUAUUUCUUCGUGAUUCUCAGGUUACAACACUGCCUGCACUAACAUAGUCAGUUAUCAACCUUUUUUUUUUUUUCUUAUCUAGAUCACAUAGUACUGGAUGGAUGUCAGCUGGAUCUUAUAAAUGAAAUUUUAUAAUAAAAACAAAUGAUACCAUUUAUUCUGGUUCCAUCUACUUUUCUAUGACAUACUAUGAAAAUUGAAUGAAGAAUUCAUUUUCAUUAAUCUCAGAGACUGGGAAAAAAUCAGUAUACCAAACUCAUUCCUUUGAAAUACAUUUUUUUUUUUAUGGAUUACUUUCUAAUCUGAAUCAAUCAUCAAGACCUGUUGGAUGACUUAAGUCUCCCAUUCUCUUGCUCACAGAGGCAGUGAUGUCUGGGAACAGUGAUAAAGACUUGAGCCUGAUUGGGGCUCAAAUGUACGACUUCAAAAAAGCAGCUGCACAUUCUUCUAACAGACAAGCCAGAAGGAGAGGGAAAGGAGGUGACAAAGUUUAAGUAACAUUCACAUUACCACAAUUUACUGUUCUCAUGUUUCCCCAAUUAACCAUUUUAUCUAUGAAGCUGUAAGGGAGGAUGUGUGCCAGAGCAAAUGCCUGAAUCCAGGUUUAUGGCUGUGCAGCAGCUUGAGCAGCUGUGGCACACAUAAAUAAUUCAAUUAUAAUAAAACCUAUAAAACAGGAUGAAUGAAAACUUUCGAAGCAGAAGACCAAUCCUGUGCAAUAACAAGAUGACCUUGUCAGACAUCACUCCUUGUGAUACUGUUGUUCACUGCCAAAAAUCAAUUAAUUAAUCACUAAAGGAAAAAAAAAAUCUAGGAAAACAUCAGAUGCAUUUCAAAACAAUACCUUUGACAUUGCCCUCUCAUGAUCUGCAGUUCAUUUUGGCAGUUCAUAUGUUUUCUAAAGAAUUAUUAUUAUUGUUGUUGUUAUUAUUAUUAUUAUUAUUAUUAUUAUUAUUAUUAUCUUUGAAGUUAAUUUUUACUUUAGUGUUAGUUUAUUAUUAUUACUUAUUGCAACACUGAACUUUUCUAUAAGGAUAAACAUUUUGAUAAGAUACUGACCUAAACUUAAAUAUUUUUUGAGUCAGAAAGGAGAAAAAAUAUCUAAAUCUUGUGCCUUUAUUUUUUUCUUGUCUUGUAAAUUUUUACAGUACACAGCAUUUUCUUCCUGUAAAGAUGUCUGUCUGUGUGUGUGUACAUACUGUACGCUGCUGGAGACAUCCGCACAGCCUGAGGAGAGAGUGAGUGUUAAAAUGGGAGGGGACGGGUUGCUGUGGGUGGUGGCUGUGGGUAAGUCAACAUACUGUGGGGGACAUUGUGGGGCUGUGAGAGAGAGAGAGAGAGAGAGAGAGAGAGAGAGAGAGAGAGAGAGAGAGAGAGAGAGAGAGAGAGAGAGACCAGUUUUAUAUAUGGAGAAAAAAAAAAAAAACAUCAACAAUGACAACAACAAACAAGAGCAACCACGACCAAUCUCAUUAACCUGAUAGUGUAGGACUGAAUCUUAGCAUACAACUGUGGCUCCUCCAACAGCACCUCCUCUGCCAAGCACAGUUGCCCCACCAGGCACCUCCACUGCUCCCAGCUGUCCCACACCUGUGCCACCAGAAGCUAACGAAGACCACCUGCAGCUCAGCCACUAAGCCAUCUAGCCUGCAACACAAAUCAGAAUUAGAAUCUAUUUAAUACUGUACAUAAUUCCUGUCAACUGCUAUUACUGCUACUACUACUGCUGCUACACUGUUCUGGAGCACUAAAAAGAUAUACAAUAAUAAUAA